AUGCCCCGCUCUACCUCUUCUCGCUUCUCAUUACUUCUCAUUACUUGUUUGACUCGAGACUUCUUCUUCUUCUUCUUCUUCUCCUCCCCUCCCAUUUCCGCUCCCCUCCCAUUUCCGCUCCCCGUCCUCCGCCUCUCCCACUGCACCCCAGCCGCGCCCAACAGCCUCAAAACGCAACGUACUGCCUGA